AAGAUCCGCUUCUUGCUUAGUGAAGGAACCGAGAUGUUGAAAGGUCUGAGUGAGAUGCUUGGCAUGCAGGGACAUUGCUAGUGGAAUCAGUGAAGCUGCCUGCCUGCCUGCAGCAUUUGGAGUAUUGAAGAAUGGCGAAAGUGAGACAAUCUCGAUCCUUAGCAAAGAAAAGGUUGACAGUAACGAUUGUAUUAUCGAUCUUGGUGAUGUUAACGGUGGUUUUGUUGAUGCUUCUAGGAUUAGGGAUUUUCUCCCUCCCGAUGAGCGCCGACGGUUCAUCGUCCUAUGAUCUCACUACUUAUAGACGCAUCACUUCUAAAAGAGGAAAAGGCUCUAGAUCCAGAGGGGAGCACUGGGCUGAAGUCAUUUCAUGGGAGCCUAGAGCUUUCCUUUACCAUAAUUUCUUGUCCAAAGAAGAAUGCGAAUACCUCAUAAAAAUUGCUAAACCUCACAUGAGGAAGUCCAGUGUAGUUGAUAGCAAAACAGGGAAGAGUAAAGAUAGCAGGGUUCGUACGAGUUCGGGUACGUUUCUGAGAAGAGGGCAAGAUAAAAUCAUAAGCGACAUAGAGAAAAGGAUAGCAGAGUACAGUUUUAUGCCUGUAGAGCAUGGAGAAGGUCUUCAAGUUCUCCACUAUGAAGUUGGGCAGAAAUAUGAUCCACACUUCGAUUACUUCCUUGAUACGUUCAACAUUAGAAAGGGAGGUCAGCGGAUGGCUACUAUGCUUAUGUAUUUGACGGAUGUAGAAGAAGGGGGUGAGACGAUAUUUCCGGCUGCCAAGGGAAAUGUUAGCGACGUCCCGUGGUGGGACGAAUUGUCGGAAUGUGGGAAAAAGGGUCUUGCAGUGAAGCCCAAGAUGGGCAAUGCAUUGCUGUUUUGGAGUAUGAAACCUGAUGCCACAGUAGAUCCUUCAAGUUUGCAUGGUGGAUGUCCGGUGAUUAAGGGGGACAAAUGGUCCUCUACCAAGUGGAUGCAUGUUAAUGAAUACUAGUAAUGUAACUACUGGGAAACUGUGUGCGACUGAGAUUCAUGUAACUCUUUAAACUAAGGUCCAUUAUUCUUCAAUUAGAUCGGUCAUUUUUAUUUU